AUGACCUGGACCGUCAAACGCUCGCUGUUUUUGACCUAUGCGAUUGGCCUCCUCUCGCUGGCUCUGCUUUUCACUCUCGUCUUAUUUUUCAGCCACCAGGACUGGCUGCCGGGACGCAGUGAGCCUCGUGAAAACCCACUGGCCUACACCGUCAGCAGUCCCAAGGGAGAAACCAACCAGAGCAGCUCCCUGAGGAGCAUGUGGAUGGAGACGGGGUAUGUACCACCAAAGCCUCUGCUCAACCUCAGCUCCCAGCAGGUGGAGGAUGCAGCAGGAGAGGCAGCAGGAGGAAUAGGAGGAGAAGCCAGGACUGGUGUAAUGGGGCUGGGGGACUCCAUGAGCACUAACAACAGUUUACAGAAAGAGAUGGGUGUAGGAGGGAAGCUUAGCGCUCAACCCUACCGCUACAUCCUGAACGAGCCCUUCAAGUGCAGGGACAGCACGCCCUUUCUCAUCCUCCUUAUUACUGCAGCACCAGGACAGGCUGAUGCCCGCAACGCAAUCCGCCAGACAUGGGGAAAUGAGAGUGUAGCAAUGGGCUUGGGGUUCGUCCGUCUUUUUCUGCUGGGCAAAGGAAAGAGCUCAGACAUCUUCCUUCAGAGCAGCAUAGAGGAGGAGAGCCGUGUUUAUCACGAUAUCAUCCAACAGGACUAUUGGGACACUUACAACAACCUGACUGUCAAAGUCCUGAUGGGCUUGAACUGGGUGGCCACCUAUUGCCCACAUGCCUCCUAUGUAAUGAAGACAGACAGUGACAUGUUUAUCAAUACAGAGCAUCUCAUCCAGAAGCUGCUGAAACCUGAGAUGCCUCCAAAGCAGAGGUAUUUCACUGGCUACGUGAUGAAGGACUGUGCACCGAUCCGAAACAAGGACAGCAAGUGGUAUAUGCCACCAGAGCUGUAUCCAAGCGAGCGCUACCCGACAUUCUGCUCAGGCACAGGGUACGUGUUCUCAGGGGACACGGCUGAGCUGAUCUAUCAGGCCUCACUCAGCAUCCCCAAGCUUCACUUGGAGGACGUCUAUGUGGGGAUGUGCCUUGACAAGCUGGGCAUUGUCCCAGUACACCCUCCCAAUGGCAUCCAAUUCUACAAUUAUCGAGUGCCUUACUCCAUUUGUACGUACAAACACCUGAUCACAUCCCAUCAGUUCGAUCCUAAUGAAAUCAUCAAGUAUUGGAACCACUUACAGAGUAACAAGCACAACACCUGUGGCCGCUAA